AUUUCUCAAAGAGCUUCAGUGCUACGCUGCAGUGAGAUUUGUCAAAUCAAGUCUCUCCAAAUGAAGGUUUUCAUUGCUCUUGCCCUAUGUGUGGCUUUGGCCUCGGCCGCCACCUUCCAAGAAGAGGGAUUCCUCAGCCGGGAGUUCCAACUCUUCGAGGCCAAGUUCGCCAAGAAGUACGCUUCCGUUGCUGAGCGACAAAGCCGUUACAAUAUCUUCAAGCAAAAUGUUGCCAAGAUCCAGCAACACAACUUGUCUGGAAAAAGCUGGACCGAAUCCAUCUCUCAAUUCGCUGACAUGACUCAUGAGGAGUUCGUGUCUCAACGCUUGAAUGGAUACGUCAACAUGAAGAAGGAGGGUUUGGGCGCCGCCAAGGCGCAAGAGCACAUUGACAUCGCUGCUUUGCCCGAGAGCAUGGACUGGAGGGACAAGGGGGUCGUCACCGAAGUUAAGGACCAAGGAUCUUGUGGCUCCUGUUGGGCUUUUGCCUCUGUUGAGAGCAUUGAAUCUUAUGUGGCUAUCAACAACGGAAGCCUCAUGGAGCUGUCCGCCCAACAGAUCACUUCUUGCACUCCCAAUGAGCUCCAAUGCGGCGGAACCGGUGGAUGCCAAGGAUCCAUUCCUCAAUUGGGCUGGACCUACGUCCAGUUGUUUGGUUUGGUGAGCGAGGAUGACUGGCCCUACCAAUCUGGAGGCAACGGAGCUAGUGGCUCUUGCGACGACUCCUCCGACAUGAACAAGGCCGUCACCGUCCGUGGUUAUGAGCUCCUUCCCCGUAACGACUACAAUGCCAUCUUGAACCAUUUGGCUACCGUUGGACCUUUGGCCGUGGCCGUUGAUGCUUCCUUCUGGGGAUUCUAUGGCGGUGGUGUCUUCGAUGGGUGCCCCUAUGAUAGCAACAUUGUCAUCAACCACGCCGUGCAAAUGGUAGGAUACGGAACCGAUCCCGAUGAGGGAGACUACUGGAUUGUCAGAAACUCCUGGGGACCUUCUUGGGGCGAGGAUGGUUACAUUCGUUUGAAGAGAAACUCCACCCCUCAAUGCGGAACUGAUUCUACCCCCUUGUCUGGAACCGCUUGUGUCAAUGAUGGCAAUGAUGAGCAAUACGUUUGCGGAACAUGCGCCGUUCUCUUUGACGUCUUGUACCCAAUUGGUGCUACCGCUCUCUGAGUUAAGAUUUUAUUCAAUCAGAAACAGAGUCCUCUUGAUUAACAUUGAAA